AUGGAGGCGAUGGCGGCGGGCGCCAUCCUCAGCGAGCACAAGGGGCGGGUCAUGUCGCUGGACUUCAACGGGUCUGGAGAGCUCAUGCUGAGCACGGGCGAGGACGACCGGCUCUGCGUUUACUCGUGCCAGAGCGGCCAGCUGCAGCGCGCGGUGCAGAGCCCCCGAUACGGCGUGGGCAUCGCCCGCUUCACGCACGACCCGCUCUCCGUCAUCUGUGCCUCGCGCGCCGGCGAGGCGGGCGGCGAGGGCGCGCACGCGAUUCGGUACCACUCGCUGCACGACAACACCUACCUGCGCUUCUUCACCGGCCACACGGCGCCGGUGCUCUCGCUGAGCGUCUCUCCAAAGGACGACGUCUUUGCUUCGGCGGCGGCGGACGAGACGAUGCGGACAUGGGACCUGCGCGUGCCCGGCUGCCUGGGCGUCCUCCGCUUCCCCGGCAGCGGGCGCCGGCCAGCGGUCUCCUUUGACCCCGAGGGGCUUGUGCUCGCCGCGGGCGUGGGCGGCAACCAGGUCAAGCUCUUCGACCUGCGGUUUGCCUCUAAGGGGCCGUUUGCAACCUUUUCGGUGCCGGGCGAGCCUCGCGACUUUGCGUCCAUCUGCUUCAACUUUGACGGCAAGCUGAUGCUGGUCGGCACCGCGCAGGGCGCCGCCGUCAGCAUCGACGCCUUCAAGGGCACCGAGCUCCAGACCUUUCGCGGGCACGCCAACAAGAUGGGGCUGCCGCUCGAGGCGUGCUUCAGCGCGGACGGCGCGCAGGUGAUGAGCGGGUCGGAGGACGGCAAGAUCUGGCGCUGGCGCACGCACGACGCCUCGCUGGUUGCGGCGCAGGCGGGCCACCGCGGCCCCGUCACCUCCGUCAAGUGCAACCCGACGCGGCAGCUCGUGGCGAGCGCCGGCGAGGAGGUCUGCCUGUGGCUGCCUGCUUAG